AUGUCGUUCUUGAGUAGCCCAUCGACUAAUCAUAUGAUAACCAAUUUAACCAAAAGGACAAAUGAAUUUCAAUCAAAAAUAGAUAAUAUACUAAACAAAAUAAGUACCGAAAGUUUGCCUUUUCAAAAGAAAUCUUUCAUUUGUUGCGUCAAUUGCUUUGAUACAUAUAACACCGAUUUUGAGACAAUAGGAAAAUGUGUCAAUAACUGUCAGAAGGGGACUGAGCACUUCGUGCAGGUAGUUCAAAAUGAAAUGCAAAACUUGCAAAAUAAUUUGCAGUCUUGUCAGCAGUCCUGUUUUUAUAAGUAUUCCCCGAAUUAUGCAAAGAGCAAUGCAAACAUAGACGGUCCGACGAUAGAAAAAGAAAUGGAGGGGUGCGUAGUUAAGUGCUUUGAUAAACAUGAACCCAUGUUACCAGAAAUAUCUGAUCGGUUGCACAAAACGUUGAAGGAGGAAAUGAAAUGA